AUGGCGGCGGCUCGUGCGCAGCUGCGGGCGCUCGAGGAGCAGUUCUAUAAGCAGUUUGCCGUGCCGGGCAAGGACAGUGUAAAUAAUGUGAAGGGCGAAGAGAAGGAAGACGAGGAAGAUGAGGAUGAGGAUGAGGAUGAGGAGGAUGAGGACCACGUCAAAGAGGAUGAUGAUGAAGAGGAUGACGAGGAUGACGAGGACGAGGACGAGGACGAGGACGACUACGAGUCGGGUGAAAACAACGAAGACCUCGACGAUGACGAGGACCUACUCCAGGCGGCGAUGUCUUCCAGGCCCCCAGCUCCCAAAGCGCCCGCCCAAGCGCCUGCGCCGACCAAGCCGCGGCGCGUGCCCGAGACGGUCGUCUUUUCCGACAAACCGAGCGCGCCCGCAGCACCGCUCUCUGCAAGCGCACGGCGCAACUUUAUGUCCUCGAAAAUCGAGAAAAUCGACGCAAAAGAAGAGUCGCGGCCAACGCGUGCAGACGAGGACGAGGACGAGGAGGAGGACCAGCGCGCAAACGACCGCAAGCUUGCCGAGCUUCUCUCUACGUCGCUCUUUGCGCCCGGCUCGAGCUCCUCGUCGCAGAAGCGCAAGCUCACGACGACCACGAACGAGACGCUUGCCCGUGUAAUGGAGCUUUCCACGACCGAUACGCUCGAUGCCCAUGCGGCCGGCAGUGGGUGGGGCGAUAAGCAGCUACGUGCGCAGGACCUCGGCAAGAUGCCCGCGCGUAUCCGUGCUGGCCUGCGGCGGGCCGCUGGCGAGCGGCGCGAGCGCGAGAUUGCCACGCAAAAAGAGCUCGGUCUAUGGAACCCCAAGCUACAGAGCCAUUCGCAGCAGAGCCGCGGCACGGCGACGGAGCGCGGCAGCAAGGCGACGCAGCCCAAGCAGCGUGCGCGUGGUAUCGGCAGUGGUAUCGGCUCCUUCCGUGGCGGCACGCUCCAUCUGUCCGACGCCGACGUGCGGCGCAUCCAAGGGCCCAAGCGCGCCAAGACGCAAGGCAAGCGCCCUGGACGAAAGUCCACGUGA